AUGGCAUGGAGAAGAUGUGCAUUGCCUAGAGUUCUUAGUGGGGAACCUCAAGUGGGGGAUAGAUUGUCUUACGAGGAGUGAAAUUCAUCAUGUACCCAGCCAACGGGCUGCAGCAUUAUUGAUGCAAGACAGAUGCCUACACAGAUAGAUUGGAUAGAAGCUAAACUGCCCUGCUAAUCAGCUUGACUUCUAAAGACCACCUCAGGGGGGCUCUUGAGGCACAUCUGGGGUUUUUGGUUCACAUGGCAGCAGCAAACUCGACUCCACCUGGUUCUUUGGAUUUAAACCAGCCUGGAUUUUCAAAGGAGAUACUGGGGACUAAAUUGGAGGGCAAAUACCUCUGCUCCGAGUGCAAGAAUAUUCUGAGGAGGCCAUUUCAAGCUCAGUGUGGACACCGCUAUUGUUCUUACUGUCUGAAGAAACUUAUAAGCUCUGGGCCUCAGAAGUGUGCAGCCUGUAUUCAGGAAGGAAUAUAUGAAGAAGGAGUUUCUAUUUUAGAAACAAAUUCGGCUUUCUCAGAUAAUGCAGCUCGUCGGGAGGUGGAAAGUCUGCCGGCUGUCUGUAUUAACGAUGGCUGCCCAUGGAAAGGGACUAUUAAAGAGUAUGAGAGCUGCCAUGAAGGGGACUGCCCGUUCAUGCUGAUUGAGUGCCUGGCAUGUAAGGGAAUGAUCAAACUGAAUGAAAAGGAGCGCCAUUCGGAGCGGGAAUGCCCCGAGAGAAGCCUCAACUGCAAAUACUGCAAAUCGCUUUUCUACUUUCCAGACAUUAAGGCUCAUGAUGAGAUCUGCCCUAAAUUUCCACUGAGUUGUGAGGGCUGUGGGAAAAAGAAGAUUCCAAGAGAGAAGUUUCAGGACCAUGUGAAGACUUGUGGCAAAUGUAAAGUGCCUUGCAGAUUUCACGUUGUCGGCUGCACUGAGAUGGUGGAAAAUGAAAUGCUGCUGGAGCACGAAAGCAAAUGUGUGGGGGAGCAUCUGUAUAUGUUGCUGGGCUUUGUGCUCCGCCUCAAGGCUGAGUCUGGAGACUUAAAGCACCACCCAACCCGUGGGUCAAUGCAGGACAACUCCAUGCUCUUAACAACCAAUUCGCUGUGCUCUGAAUCAGAGCUCUCUGAGUCCUUGGAGCUGCAGGGGAGGUGCGAGGCCCUAGAGAGGAAGACGAUCACAUUUGAAAAUAUUGUGUGUGUGCUGAAUCGGGAAGUGGAAAGGGUGUCUCUGACAGUGGAGGCGUAUAGUCGGCAACAUCGGCUGGAUCAGGAGAAAAUUGAAAUGCUCAGUAACAAGGUCCGGCAGCUGGAAAGGAGCACUGGACUGAAAGAUCUGGCCAUGGCUGACAUGGAGCAAAAGAUCCGUGACAUGGAAGCUUCCACCUAUGAUGGCGUUUUCAUCUGGAAGAUUUCAGACUUUGCCAGAAAACGUCAGGAGGCGAUAGCUGGCCGCUGUCCUGCCAUCUUCUCUCCAGCUUUCUACACAAGCAAAUAUGGCUAUAGGAUGUGCCUGCGUGUGUACCUAAACGGGGACGGCACUGGACGUGGGACCCACUUGUCUCUGUUCUUUGUGGUGAUGAAAGGACCCAACGAUGCACUUCUGCGAUGGCCCUUCAAUCAGAAGGUGACCCUGAUGCUGCUGGAUCAGAAUAACCGGGAGCACAUUAUCGACGCUUUCCGACCCGAUGUGACGUCAUCGUCCUUCCAGCGACCCGUCACCGAGAUGAACGUUGCCAGUGGCUGCCCACUCUUCUGCCCAGUCUCCAAGAUGGAGGCCAAGAACUCUUACGUGCGUGACGACGCCAUCUUUAUUAAAGCCAUCGUAGAUCUCACAGGCCUCUAAAGCCUCCUCCCCACCAGGAGCACUGAGCACAGUGCUAGCCGACCAGGGCUUGCCCUGUGCUGUACCCUCAGCAUGCCCCAAAGCAGGGGCAGAGUCCAGACCUGGCCCCGUCCCUGAAGGGACCUGCUCCGCUGAGUGGAAAUGCAGUGUCUGAUGGGAACCCUCCCUUGGUGUCAGAACACCAGCUGCUGUAGUGCAGAUCUUCCUUGAGAAGAGGCUUGUGUUGAAGUUAGUUUGAGUUUGAUCCAUGAUCAAUGGGGACUGGAUGAUUCCCUGCAGGAAUCAGCUACCAGGGCUCCCUGCACCCAGGUUUCAAGCUAAAACGAAGGCAGCUCUUAUGUACUUGUUUAAUGCACAACUCCUACAAUGGAACAGGCAUUCAGCUUGCCCAGAGCAUCACUGCACAUCUCCCUUUGGCCAGGCCCUUUCAUUCUCCUAGGAGAGCUCCGUGUUAGAGGGAGCUGGUUUCUCUCUGGUGUUUUUGCUUAAAGGUUCUGUAAUUCUG